UGUCGCCGCAUCUACAUCGUGACUUGCACACUGUCCGGUAGGGAAGCUGUUUGUUGGCCGCAUGUUCACGAUAAUAUAUUUCUCGUAUAUAUAGUUUCGUAAACAUCCAUUUCCAUCAAGAUGUUGAACCACUCAUUCAGAAUGAAGGCCUCGCAGCCCUUGCUUUGUAGGGCUGUAUCGUCAAUACGCCCGAUGACUCGCACAACAUGGAUGUCAAAACGAAGAAGCAUCUCAAUAGUCCCACCUCCGUGGCGCCCUGCUUCCGUCCUGGAUAAAUGGGUUGAACGAGAAGCGAGGCCUAUUAGUCUACGCCAGCUCACCUUCUUCGGCCGACUCUUGACUGAUACGCGGUUACUUGGAUCAGCCAACUAUGUUCGACUCGAGCUGCCUACUAGAAUCGCACACAGACUCCGAGACAUGCAAACAUUACCUUACGCUGCUCUGGUCAACCCACACAUUAGCCAUGUGUACGAACUUUAUUACUCGGCAUUCGAAAAGCUACGAAAAGUUCCAGAAAUAAAGACUCUGGAAGAUAACGAUAGGUUUUGUGACGUUGUUCGAGAACAACUAAGGGAUCAUCUCAGCGUUAUCCCGCGUCUGGCCAUGGGAGUCUUGGAGAUAUCCGAAGCCAUCCCUAGCGACCAAUGCGACAAGUUGGUGAACUCGCUUUUGAGAUCGAGAAUCAGCCGUCGUGUCAUUGCUGAACAACAUUGUGCCCUGACGAAAGCCUACCACUCGCCCGAUCAUCUCCCGCCCGCGGCAAAGCUUCACCCCGAGCAUGGUGAUGAAUUUGUGGGUGAGAUCUUCCUCCGGUGUAAUGCGAAGGAGAUCGUCCAGGACUGCGCAGAUACGAUCAGUGAUCUCGCAAGACAGGCAUACGGCUCAGAUGUUGCGCUACCCGAGGUCGUCAUUCAAGGAGCCGAGGACAUAUUCUUCCCUUACAUCCCCAGUCACUUGGAAUACAUCAUUGGCGAACUAUUGCGAAACUCCUUCCAAGCUACCGUCGAACGACAUGGUCACAAGCCUCCUCCGAUUGAGGUACUGAUAUGCGAGGCUGCACAACAUGUCAUUAUCCGGGUAUCGGACCAAGGAGGUGGUAUUGACAGGGAGGGCCUUCCAAAUUUGUGGUCGUUCAGCAAAGGUCCGGAACGAAACAGAAGACUACGGAAUCUAGAGCAAGUCCCCAAAUUGGCGGCUACACUUCAGGACCUGAAAGUGCCCGACUCAGAGUCAUCCGACGAGCUACACGACCAAAGGCAAACACGAUUUGAUCACUCUCUGGGGUCACUCUCUGGCAGACACCCCGACCUCCGUCUGGGGAUUGGCCUUCCCAUGAGCCGUAUCUUUGCCGAAUACUGGGCUGGUAGCCUCGAAAUCCAUAACUUGGAAGGAUAUGGUGUAGAUGCUUUCCUGCAGAUCAGCAAACUCGGCAACAAGAACGAAACCUUGAGCACAAGAACUAGCAUGGACGCGCUAUAAGAUCAAUCGCCUUGUCGCACGAACAUAUUCAUCUUGCGGUCCCGCAUUGAUCCACAUGGAGUAGACGAAGAACUCGUGGCGAUCAAGUAUGCACAGAAGUUCCCUUACAACAACCGCCCCUGAGAAGGGGCGCACGACCGGGAGCCUCGCUGUGGCUCCAAAAAAGCCAACAAAACUCAAGACAAGCCCGUUUCGGGUUCAGAGAAAUCGAUAUCUACAUCAUCGUCUCCCACGCUAUCAGGUCCAACCACAUAUUCUUACGAGAUCUCGAGGAGCCUCCAGCAACAGUGACUAAGGACACUUACUCGCACUCAGCAAAGGCUACAACAGUAUUGUCGCAGCACAAGUAUUAUCGUAACGAGACUAUGAUCAAAGGAGUUUUAUAGACAGAAAUAGAAGCAUGCUAGAACUUUGACACACGCA